UACACACACUGGUUACAUUACACUGUGGAAGCAGUGCGGGAGCAGUGGGAAGUCGCUCCACGGCGUUUUUCCCUCUUUACCCUUCUUUUUCUGAUUGUUUUAUGACUUUUGCUUUUAUCCCUCCUGCGUUGAGGAUGUAUUUUUGAAUCAUGAAAGCGGCGUACUGCGUUGCUUGUUGUCUUCUCUAAGUGUUAAAACUGUGUUUUCUUCCAGUUGCACAUCCAUCAGUUACCUUUUCACCUCCAGACGGUGUUUUGGUUUUGUUAGCCUACUUUUUUUUCCCCACUUUGAAGGACGACACGGCUUCUCCACUGACUGGACCACCGAGGAAUUAAUAUUUCUCAGUUUUGUAAAUGCACUUUUUAAACAUUUUUUUUUUUACUGGACCAUAUCCGUCGUCGGUUGUGUGUGUUGACUGAAAAACUAGUGAUGAGAUUUUAACUCGUGGUUCGUCUUCCCUUUUUUAUUUUUUCCUCAUGACAUUGAGGCGUGCACCGGACUCUCAUUCUGAGCCUUCACAUGUCAAGUUUUUCGUGUGUGAGUUACUAGUCUUUUUAGUUUAAACACUCGUGGUGAGAAAAGGACGCCGACAAGCAGCCACUCUCCUCCUGUUGCUUCAGUAAAAAGACACCGGCAGCGUGUUUGCACGCCGCUUCCUCUCCGAGUGACUCACGGUCGACGCUCCGGUUAAAGAGGGGGACGUUUAGGCUACCCACUCAUUUCUGGGGAUUUUAGUGGGAGUUUUCCCCUCUGUAGUUUCGGACAGUGCUGGCGUGUGUGUCUUCAGUUUUCUUGGUGAAACAAACAGAGUAAAAAACAAACAAACAAACAAACAAAAAAAUGCCUCAGUUAUCAGGCGGCGGCGGAGACCCGGAGCUGUGCGCCACAGACGAAAUGAUCCCGUUCAAAGACGAAGGAGACCCGCAUAAGGAGCAGAUCUUCGCCGAGCUCAGCCACUCGGAGGAAGAGGGAGACCUGGCAGACAUCAAGUCAUCUCUGGUCAACGAGUCAGAGAGCAGCCCCAACAGCAACAGCCACGAUGCAGCUAGACAGUCCCAAAUACCGCAAGAUUCAUAUCAUGAAAAACACAGAGAUCAUUCGGAAGAUGGAAAACUCCAAGACCUGUAUAGUAAAGGUCAUCCGUACCAGGGCUACCCAGGCUACAUCAUGAUGAGCAACAUGAACGACUCCUACAUGAACAAUGGCUCCAUCUCACCGCCCAUGCCCAGAACGUCCAACAAAGUCCCCGUGGUGCAGCCGUCCCAUGCAGUCCACCCACUCACCCCACUGAUCACGUACAGUGACGAGCACUUCGCCCCAGGAUCCCAUUCUGGUCCUCACCCCCAGGACGUCAACAAACAAGGAAUGCCCAGGCAUCACCCUGGACCAGACAUGCCCAACUUCUACUCCCUGUCUCCUGGAGGAGUCGGACAGAUCACGCCACCGCUGGGAUGGUUCUCACACCACAUGGUGCCCGGCCCCCCAGGUCCCCACGCCACAGGGAUCCCCCACCCGGCCAUCGUCAACCCACAGGUCAAACACGAGCCUCCGCAUGAAACAGACAUCAUGCACAUGAAAUCCCAGCACGAACAGAGAAAGGAGCAGGAGCCCAAAAGACCGCACAUCAAGAAGCCGCUAAACGCCUUCAUGCUCUACAUGAAAGAAAUGCGUGCGAAUGUGGUCGCCGAGUGCACGCUGAAGGAGAGCGCUGCCAUCAAUCAGAUCCUGGGACGAAGGUGGCAUGCUUUAUCUCGGGAAGAGCAAGCUAAGUAUUAUGAGUUAGCCCGCAAGGAACGGCAGCUCCACAUGCAGCUCUACCCAGGCUGGUCCGCUCGAGACAAUUAUGGAAAGAAGAAGAAGCGGAAGAGGGAGAAGAUGCAGGAAUCAGCCCCAGGUACAGGCCAGAGAAUGAAAACGGCGUACAUCUGAGAAUAUGGGGGAAAACGGAACAAUUUCUCCACAUGCAAAGCGAAGGCAGCAGCUACGGGCCCUCUGCUUGAGAUGGAGGCCUGUUAGAUUCCAUGAAGACCCUUAAAUCUCCAAACUGAAGCCUCCACUUCUCAGAGGACCCCUUCCUCCCUCCCUCCCUCACUCCCUCCUCCAACCUGCACCCGUCUCUCCCAACCCCAACUAAACCCUACUCCCUUCUCCUUGGACACAGUCACAUGCCACCACCACCACCACCACCACCACCGAACACUGUCUGACUCUACUCCCGUCCUGAAGGCGCCUGCUGUAGAGACACUGAACUGAACAAGACAAUCAUGAUAAGUAGGAGCACCCUCACGCAACCACCUUCUCUCACCGAAAGAAGAAGAAGAAAAAAAAACAAGCAUCAAUUUGACGUCUGUGUUCUGUCAGUUUCCUUUUACAAUCAGCUUUACUGCAAUCCCAAGGCACUGCACUGAAAACAGCAGCAAUUUUUGAUGUGCGCACAGACUCCUCCACUGCACCGCCCCAACACUCCACACACCUGUUUCUGAGUUACUGUAAGUUAUUUGUCGCCUCGGUUCCUUUGUAUAGAUCAUCAGGCCGACACUCACUCCCUCAACAUCUCCACCUCCCCACCCAUCCUCUCUCUCUCUCUCUCUCUCUCUCUCUCUCUCUCUCCCUGGAUUUUUGAGACCAUUUGGGGUUUCGCCCGACCGACCAAACACCUCUUUUUAGACUGCACUAAGGAAGCCGGAGGAAUCUCAUCUUGUCUACGAAAAACGUCCUCAAGACGCCAUUUUUAGUUUGUCGCUGACCAGUUGGUGCAAAAAAGGAUCAACAUUUUGAUUUGCUUUUCAUUUUAGACUGAAUUUUAUUUUGAAUGCUUUUUUUUGUAUCUUGAAUCCUUGUUUCAAUUUCUCGGUGUAUAUUUUAGUGAUUUUUUUUUUUUUUUUUAAAUAUUGUUUUUUUAUAUAGUGGUAUAUAUGAAAAUAAGCUUUGGACACAGGAAAGCCAUUUUUCUUGUUGAAGCGUCUUGCAGAAAAUUGAAACUUAAGGCUUCUUUUGAUAACUAUUUGUAACAAAUAGUGACCUCGAGUCUUGCUCAGAUGUAAAAUAAUGCUCAGUAUGUGUACUUUUUAAAACUGUCAGGAUAUGUCAAUUUUCUUGGUAUUUUUGCAGGCAACAUUAGGACAAAGGCGAGAGUGAUAGCUCAGAGGCCUAUAUUUUAUUGUUCUAAAACAUGACAAAUGAAGCAGAUAUAUAUAUUUACCCCAGCACUUGGCAGUCUUUCUUUUAUUGCAAUGGACCUUUGUCUUUUCUCUCUGGUAGCUAAUAGUGUGGUCUUUAGCCAUGUUGUUUAUUCCAUGCAAGCAUCUCUGUAACAUUUUGAUUUUAAUGCUCUAUUUUAGUAUUACUUGAUGAAUUCCUUUUUUUAUUAUCAUAUUUUGGGUCACUGUCAUCUUGGUGUAGCAUUUUGCUUCCCAAGUGGUCAUAUUUGAACUGUUUCAACAUGUUUUUUUGUUUGUUUUUUUGUUUUGUUUUUUGUAAGAAAAAUAAAAAGGCACCAUUGGCUCAUUUGAUCACUUGUGUGGUGGAAAGACCAGAGCUGGAGGUGCCAGAUGUAGCA